GAGGAGCUCAGUUUUAAAUGAGAGCAGAUAGUUCCUUCUCUCUGUUCCUGAAAAACCACAACAACACCAACACUGAGUCCAACUGCUGAGACCAGGACCGGCACUCUGGGACUUUACGUGACUAUUUUACAGCUAGUCGGUAGUUUUUGGGCUCCAGCUGCCUGUUGUCGACAGCUGUUUCAUGGGAACCCAGGAGGGAGAGAGAGAUUGGGUCGAUGUGGCAAAUGAUCUUCUCAGCAAGUGUCACCUGAAGUUAAGGCUGAGGAUACUCACUGACUGUAAUGCAGAUGUUUUCAUUGCUUUGUAUGAGAACAUUUUGGGGGAGAAAGUUCCAGAUUAUAUUACAGCACCAUGCAGUCAAGAGGAUGAUGUCCAUAAUGUUCAGUCUGUGAUUGAUUCACUGUCUUUGGAUUACCUUCAGAUCAGCCUCUCGCACAUUACAGGAGAAAAUGUUGUCAGAGGGGACGGAGAGUCUAUCAAGAACCUCCUGGAAAUCUUCGACGGCCUCCUGGAAUAUCUCAACGAGGAGAUAAAUGAGGAAUCACAGAAUGGUGAAGAACUGAAUGACAGUCUCAAUGAAGUGGAAAACAAGGAGCCCACAACUUGUGACACCACAGAGCAGGAGGAGGCCAAGCUGGAGGAGGCAUCCUUAUCAUCCAGUAUAGAAUCUGCUGUCCCGUCCAGUAAACAGUCUCUCCAUUCUUGGAAUACCGAGGGGUUGGGAUCAGCUAGUGAGCUCAUUGGGCUGGGAGUCUCUGCACGAACAUUUGUAGACAAACAAGAAGAACCGGCAGAUCCAGUCACCCCCUCUGGUCCUGUGGACCACAAAGAAGCUCCACCGACUGAACCGAUGCAUUCAGCCAUCGCUUUGCAGCCACCAAACCAGAGCGACACCCCCCACUGUCCUGACAUCAGCCCACACUCACCCAGCCAACUUCCCACAGCUGGCCUCAACACGGUUCACACUGAGGAGGAAGCAACUGCUGUCACUAUAGAGACCUCUAAGGUAGCUGAGACUGUUGUCACCAAUGGAGUGCAGUCUCCUGCCCUUUGCCAGUCACCUGCUGCAAGUGAGAAGUCUUUGUCCAGCCAACAAAGAGCCAGGACAGAAGUGGAGGGGGAGACACUAGAACCAACGAAUGGAGGUUCUAGGAGGGUUUUAUUCCGCACACAGCCAGAUGUGCUCUUCCUCACCCUGCAAGAGGAGAUGACACCCACCGCCCUUUCUCCGCCAGACACUGAAGAGGAAGACCAAGAAGAUGAAGAUCUGCGUUUGACACGAAGAUUACAAGACAGAAGGACAGGUCACAGAGAGAGGACGGGACACAGAAACAAGACGGCACAAGAGGAUUUUGAAGAGCCUUUGUCUUAUCGCAGACAGAGGAACAAGAAAGCAGAAGAGGAGUUGCAUCACAUAUCUGAGAAUCUCUCCCAUCGACUAGAGGAACUUGAUCAGAUGCUUAAACGAGUUCUGGGUGAAAGUGGAGAGUCCAGUGAGGUCAGGGAAGAGGACAAGCAGUCCCACCACAGCGACAGCAUCAUGGAGUGUCGCCGGACUCCCAGACAACAAACGGUUUCAGCAACAUCUGAUCCUGAAUCCACCCACCGGACACGCUCCUUGUCUCCCUCGCCUCCACGAGUCCAUCCCUCUCUGCAGGGACAGUUGCAGGACGCCAUGGCAGAGGCCUUGAGUCUGGAUGACGGGAAACAAACCAACCUCACAGUUACUGAUCAUCCAAGGCGAGGAGAGCUCCACCACAGAGCCUCUCACAGAAAACACAGCAAGCAUCUGGUGAACAGGGCCUUUGAGGAGGAGUUGAAAAGAUAUGAAGACAAAGAACGAACAGAACUGGACAAAGCACGUCUCAAAGCACAGGAAGCUGAGCGGGAGUACAGAGAGGCCAUACUGGGGGAUAUUUCUCAAGCGCCCAGAGUGUCUCCAGCUAAAACAAAGACUCAGCACAGGCCACAACGUCACAGACAAACCACAUCAGCACACAGACGGCUAGAGGCCCCCAGGAAAGCUCCAUCAAUGAAAAUAAAAGAGAACGAGCUCCUGCCUGUACUCCGGGAGGAGCUGCCUCACCUUCACAUCUCCCCUCACGCCCUGGAUCGGAUGUGGGAGCAGCAGAUGCAGCAGGUGGACAGACUCCACGCCACGUCAUUCUCUCACAGCCAGCGCCGCAGCAAACUCUCCAGCCAGGUGGAGGAAGCCCAGAGGAAACAUGACCUGCUGGUGGAGAUCAUCCGUAAAGAACAAGACCACAACAGGCGCCUGAGGGACUUCAAAGAUCGAAUCCAGCAGCAGAAGUCGACACAGAACAGACUGAGGGAACAGAGGCAGCAGAUAGCUCGCGCCAAGAAGUACCACAACGACUACCACGUUCAGCACCGUGCUCGGCUCAUGAGGGCUCGCACCAAGGAGGAGAGGAUGUUUCGGCAGCUGUUUGAGGAGGGUUUGGAGGUGCAGAAGGUGCGCUUAAGAGAGCAGAGAGCCUACGCCAGAGAGCAGCGACUGGAACAUCAGAGACGACACCAAGAUCAGAUCAAGUCCAUGGAGAACUACUACAAAGACCAAUUUUCACUACUUGCUGAAAAACUUGCACAAGAGCGGCAGGAGAUCCAGGUUCGGAAAAAAGCUCAAGAAAAGGCUCUCCUAAAGAUGAAGCGAGAGCUGCAUUCCAGGAUGGAGCGUGAGAUCGGUGAACUGCAGAGGAUCAUCAUCCAGAACGACGAGGACGACUACUUCCAGGAUCUGGAGGUCCAGAGGCUGCGGAAUCGGGUCCAGAUGGCGUCCUUCCAGUACAACACUAGCUAUCUGCACUGACCAGCGAAGGUACCAACACCUGGUUUAAGCUCCAGUCAAUCAAGGGAAAAGACUUUUCUGCUAUUUACAACCAAGGGGUACGAGAAUCUGAUGCAUGAACAGUACUGUCGCCUCAGGCAUCUUCCUUCAGAGAUUUGCACAGGAAGAGGAAAAUCACAUUGUAAGAACUUAUACAAGAUUAUUGAUUAUUAAUGAACUGAACACACUCCAACAAAAUGUAGCUAAUAGCUAAUUUAGCUAACUCUUCCUCUCACCUCAGCUGCUACACCUGAACUUAAAGACACCUUGGACCAAGUCCCCUUCUUCCAUGGGUUUGAGUACUUGAUAACUAAGAAUGUUUUAACUUCCUCACUGUGCGGUUAUUGUGUGCUGUCAAUGUAGCAAAAAAAAACAAAACAAAAAAAAUAGUAAAAUGUUCUUCCUUUUGCCAAAUAAGGACUACAGAUGCAAAUUUCAUAAGUAUGAAUGUCACCCACUGACAAGACUUCCUUUUUUUUCCCCUUUAAUGUGCAAGGUCUUCCUUUAACAUUUUAACCCUUACAGUGGAUUAUUUAUUUUUUAACUUUAAUGAUGUUUGAUUUUUAAAUUAACCUAGUGUGGUUGUGGAUCAGUGGGUGGGCGAUGAUGAUCUGUGUUUUCUAACUUUUCCUUUUCCUCAGCUCUAUGUGAUUGUUUUUAACUCUCAGCCAGAACUUAAGACAUGAUGGAUUUGAACUAAUACACGUAGGGUUCCGAUGCUAGAGCACCGUCUACUGACAUCAUACCUGAUGAGCACAGAGUGUCCUGUCAUCACCCAUUAAAUGUGUGGGCCCACUCUUCUC